UUCUGCAAUACCAGCAUUUCUUUCCCAUCUCAAUUCGCGAUCCGUGUCUCCGAGCAUAAUCGAUUCAAUGGCUUCCACAGUCCAAAAAGUGCUCCUCGCCGCCGUCCUCGCCGCUUCCGUGGUGGCCUCAGCAGGCCUCCAGUUCGAGGUGGGAGACGAAAUGGGAUGGGCAAAACCCACCGGAAAAGAGCGCGAGACCUACAACGAAUGGGCCACACAGAACAGGUUCCACAUUCGAGAUACGCUUCAUUUCAAGUAUGCCAAAGACUCGGUGGUGGUGGUGAGCUCCGCCGAUUACCUAACAUGCAACGCGUCGAAUCCCAUCGCCAAAUUCGAAGACGGCAGCACCGUUUACGAGUUAAACAGGCCGGGCUUUUUCUACUUCAUCAGCGACCAGCCCGCCCACUGCAAGUCCGGCCAGAGGCUCAUCGUUCGCGUCAUGCAUCCUUUGCAACCUGCAGCUGCGCCGGAGCUUGCGCCGGAACUUCCGCCGUCCUCCGCCCCGACCGAUGAGAGCGGUGGGGAUUCGGGGUGGCCGGAAUUUAGUUCCACUGCGAAACUGUGUGUUGCUUCCUACUUCGUUGCUGCUUUUGUAGCCCUUGUUGCCACCUUCUACAUGUUCGUGUAGGACUUAUUUUGUUUAGGUUUUUUUCGUAAACUAAUUCUUGAUUUUGUUUAGGUUAGUGGUAUAUGAUGGUAGGAAACUAGGAAUUAUCUUAUUUGGUAUUGUUAACAUUGCUCUUUAAUGAUUUUAAUUGUCUUGGAA